AUGCGUCCGUCACUCGUUUCCGUCUCUGCGGCCAUCUGGCCUUUGGUUGCGGCAUUGGAGACUCCGGCUGGUCACGAUGGCCAUGAUGUCGAUGCGAAUGGGAAAUACUGGAUCUACGGCGACGGUAUUGCUGCGUCGUUCAUUCAGUACGGUGCCUCUGUUUCCAACCUGAUCAUCGAGGAUAAGAAUGGCGUCCCGCGGGAUCUGGUAAUGGGCUGGGACAAGGCCAGCGACUACCCCGCCGACACCACCCACCCUCACUUGGGAGGUGUACCCGGCCGAUACGCCAACCGGAUCAAGAACAGCACGUUCGAGAUCGAUGGCAAGAAGUAUCACGUCAGCGCCAACGAGAACCCCACGAAGGAUCACCCGGACGGUCUCGACACGCUCCACGGCGGCAAAGACGGCUGGGACUGGCGCGACUUUGACGUGGUUGCCCACACCAAGAACUCGAUCACCUUCUCGAUUGUCGAUCCGGAUGGCAAGGAAGGGUUCCCGGGCGAGGUCAUCUCGUACGUCACGUACACGCUGGGCGACCUGACCUGGGAUGCCAAGAUCGUGGCCAUCGCGACUACCAAGAAGACGCCCAUUAUGCUGUCUAGCCACACGUACUGGAACCUGGACGGGUUUGCCAACGACGAAACUGACACCAUCUUCAACCACACCUUCCACCUCCCCUACAGCGGGCAGCGGGUCGCCGUCGAUAAUAUCCUAAUCCCGACGGGCGAGAUCUUGAACAACCGCAAGGGCUCCGUCAAUGACUUCUGGAGCGCGCCCAAGCAGAUUGGACACAGCUUCAACGACCCCGAGAUUCACGGAAACUGUGGUUUCAACUGCACUGGCUAUGACAACUGCUGGCUCGUCAAUCGCCCUCCGCUGCACGACUGGCGCGCUGACGGUGCCUACGUCGCCAGCCUGUCCUCUGACUGGUCCGGCAUCCGCCUCGAGGUCUACUCGGACCAGGACGCUUUCCAGCUGUACUCGUGCAACGGUCAGAACGGCUCAUUCCCGCUCAAGAGCACCCAGGGCGUCGGCAGCCGCGCCACCAUUGGCGGAGAGUCGCAGUCCACCCGUCGUGAUGAGAAGGGCCACGGAAACGGCCAUGGAAAGCAUGGUACGGUACCCCAGUAUGGGUGUGUCGUGCUCGAGGUGGAGGAUUAUAUUGACGGCAUCAACAACCCGGAAUGGGGCCGUCUGGAUAAGCAGGUGUUUGGCCCUGGGUCGGAUCCGUAUGUGCUGCAGUUCAGCUACCGGUUUUCCGUCGAUAAAUGA